GCCACGUCGCACACACAGCGAUCUGGAGACACAAACAGCGAUCAUGGUGAAGAGCGUGCAUUCAGAAGUUCAGUCCAGCAGAGAAACACACCUGUCCGCAGAUGGCGGUAAAGAGCACCCUGUGGCUCCGCCCACCAUGAUCUGGCGCGUGACCGGCGGCCUCUUCAGCGCCACGAAGGGCGUGGUCAGAGCCACGGUGGGCGGAGUCACCUGGCUGGGCGGGAAAAGUUUGGAGAUCACCAAAUCAGCAGUGACCGCGGUGCCCUCGGUGGGCGUCGGCCUGGUGAAGGGCGGGGUUUCAGCGGUGGCAGGGGGCGUGUCCACGGUGGGGUCGACAGUAGCCAAUAAAGUUCCGUUCACUGGAAAGAGGAAAGACAAAUCGGAGUGAAGAAGCGGACGAUUAUAACGAGAACCUCGCGUUUGAGCCGAACACUCGUUUACUGUGCUUAUGCGCAGUGAUGCUGAUUUUUGAUUGGUCACCAGAGACAUGUGACGGGUGUUUCUGACCAAUCAACGCCCAAGACAUUUGCGCAAAAGGGAGUUUUGUACGUCAUACUGUGGGUUUUUGAUGUAAUCAGUGAUGUUUGUUUCUGUAGCUGUUAAACGACGUCAUUGGAUUUCUUCUGAAAUGUUUUCGGUCAAAUUGUGUUUGUAAAUUGCAUUUUUUAUUAUUUGAAUGUAAUAAAGUUAUUGC